UUGGAAAUGGAAAAAUCUCAGUUACAGAAUCUUGAGCUGGAGCACAAAAAGCUAUCGGCUCGUCUUGAAGAAGAACGUGGAAAGAAUAAGCACAUAGUAUUGAUGCUAGUGAAAGAUGAAAUUGUAGAGGAAGCCCAGAAACUGGAAGAAUUGAUGACAAAAUUUGAAGAGGAAAAGAAAAAGGCUACUGAAUUGGAGGAGUCUCUUGUGGCUGAGAAACAAAGGAGCACACAAAUGGAAGCUCAAAUGGAAAAGCAGCUGUCCGAGUUUGACACAGAGAGAGAGCAGUUGCGUGCCAAACUUCAUAGAGAGGAAACCCACACCAGUGACCUCAGAGAAGAGAGAGAUAAAAUGAUCAAAAUGAUUGAGCAAUUAAAAAAGGAGAAGGAAAGUAAAGCUAAUCCUUCUCUUAAAAAUAAUAAAGAUAGGAGUCUUGUUUCUGUUUCUGUUGAAACAGAAGAGCCAAGUUCAAGAACUGUUGCCUGCCAAACUGUAGUGAUGGACAGUAGCACAGAAAAUGUUAAGAAGAUGCCUUUGACUGUAAAGCCUUCUACAGUGAACCCACUAGUGUCUGGCAAUACUAAAAUGAAUGUGUGCACCAGUGCAGCAUUGGUGAAGCCUGUCCUUGAUAGGCAAUCUUCAUCUAGUGAACUCGUCCCUCCCACAACUCCUGUUCUUACACAGAAUCAAAACAGAAUUGAGGAAAAUGGACCAAGUACAGGCUCAUCACCUGAUAUACCAAGUAGCACUUCCCCCUUUUCAAAUAGUACUUCCCUUUGCACCCCUGCAGCACCAACUGCUGCAGCUCAGAAUUCCUCAUCUAUGCACAGUUUGCAUUCACCAUCUGCUGGCACUACUGGGCAUCCAGGCCUAAACCCACGAAUCCAAGCAGCUAGAUUUAGAUUUCAAGCAAAUGCAAAUGAGCCAGACCAAAAUGGAAACACAACACAAAGUCCUCCCUCAAGGGAUGUAUCCCCUACUAGUCGUGACAACCUAGUUGCCAAACAGGUAGCUCGGAAUACCGUUACCCAAGUCCUUUCGAGAUUUACAAGCCCUCAGAGCGGCGCUCUGUCGCGGUCAGGGACAUCACAUUCAAUGGAAGUUGCCACUUAUCCCCCAGUCGGUAGAACAAGUGUAAAGACUCCCAGUGUAUCAAGAAUUGACAGAGGAAAUCCUCCACCAAUUCCUCCUAAGAAACCAGGGCUUUCACAAACUCCUUCUCCACCAUACCCACAGCUUAAAGUUUUAAUGGAUAGUAGUCGUUCCCCAAAUACAAGUGCAAAAACUGACAGCAAAACCGUGACCUCACCUCUUUCAAGUUCACCACAAGGAAUCAGGGUAAUAAAUGAGGAAAUUAUUUCUAAGUCCUCACCUCAGCUGCCACCAAAACCUGCUAUAGAUUUAUCUGUGGCAUCUGCAGGCUGUGCCAUACCAGCCACAGCCUCAUCUCAGGUGGGUGCCUGGCCUUCCCACUUCCCUGGACUGAACCAACCUGCAUGUUCAGAAAAUUCCUUUGUCAUUCCCACCACCAUUGCCUAUAGCUCCUCCAUAAACCCUGUUAGUGCUUCAUCCUGUAGACCAUGUGAUUCAGACAGCCUCCUGGUAACAGCAUCAGGCUGGUCUUCCUCCCUAACCCCUUUGUUAACAAGUGGUGGUCCUGUCCCCCUGGGUGGCAGGCCCACCCUUCUUCACCAAGCUGCUGCCCAGGGAAAUGUCACUUUAUUAUCAAUGCUGCUUAAUGAAGAAGGACUGGACAUUAAUUACUCUUGUGAAGAUGGCUAUUCUGCCUUGUAUUCUGCUGCUACGAAUGGACAUACAGAUUGUGUGAGAUUGCUGCUGACUGCAGAAGCACAAGUUGAUGCUGCUGAUAAAAAUGGCUUUACACCCUUGUGCUCAGCAGUUGCUCAGGGACAUGUCAA